AUGGGCUCAUCACCGCUGGUAACCGACAAUGUCAACGCAAUUGACACAACCCUCAAUGACGACGACAACAAGAAGCAGAGACGCAUCUUACUCUGGAAGCUGGAUCUCUUUAUCCUAAGCUGGGCCUGUUUCGGAUACUUUGUACGCAUCCUAGAUAGCUCAAAUAUUUCCAAUGCCUACGUGAGUGGCCUUAAGGAGGACUUGAACGUCCAAGGCAAUGAAUACAACCUCUUUAGCACACUGUGGACCUGUGGAUACAUUAUUGGACAGAUCCCCUCGCAAUUGAUAAUCACCAAGAUCCGUCCUUCCAUUUGGAUCCCAUGUGCAGAGGUGCUUUGGGCUAUAUUCUCUUUUUCCUUUGCUGCGGUGAAAAAUGUGCAACAAGUCUAUGCUCUGCGAUUCUUGAUCGGACUGGCAGAAAGUCCCUUUUACGUUGGUGCAAUGACGAUGCUUGGGAAUUGGUAUACUCCGAAAGAACUGGGAAAACGAGCUACAAUCUUCUACUCGGCAUCCUUCGCAGCCAACAUGUUCUCCGGUUAUCUUCAGGCCGCUGUAUACAAGGGCCUGGACGGGACUCAUGGGCUUGCUGGCUGGAGAUGGCUAUUCAUCAUGUGUGGUGUAAUUUCCGUACCUGGCGCCUUUUACGGCUUUUUUGCCGUCCCUGAUUCCCCCUACUCAACCAAGGCACGGUGGCUGUCGCGGGAGCAGGUGGAACUGGCCAAAUCGCGAAUGAUCAAGGCGAAUCGUAAACCGUUUCAGGGCGUUACGUUUAGUGUCUUGAAGCAAUUAGUGACAGAUGUUCCGGCAUAUUUCGUUGUUAUUGGAUACAUAUUCUUCUGUCUCGACACUCUGCCAUUGGGUUACUUCGCCAUUUGGCUGAAAGCUUUGAAACGAUAUUCAACAGAAGAGGUCAACGUAAUUCCAACUGGCGCCUAUGCUAUCGGCUUUGUGAGCACGAUUUUCUGGGGUUGGCUCAGUGACCAGCUGGGAAGCAGAUUGGGGGUCACCGCAGUCAUCUCAGUGGUAGCUUUCCUCAGUUGCUUGCUCUUGACUGUUGCUACAUCCGAAUCGGUUGUUUAUGCUGGUUAUUUCCUGAAUGCUGCAGGUUGGGGCUACGGAGCUAUUAUAUUAUCUUGGAUCAAUGAGACAUACGGUGACCGUCCGGAACUACGCGCAUUUCUAAUUGGCACUUGCCAGACCUUGGGCGCUACCUUUUCUGCUUGGGUGCCGGUCGUGAUCUUCAACGUUGGAAAAUAUGCGCCCUCGUUUCACAAGGGUUAUAUUGUCGUUACAGUACUAGCGGCUGUCCAGUUUCUACUCGUAUUCGUUAUAAAAUGGUUUACCCUGAAUGGUGGAACAUCUGAGGAGAAUGAGACGUCAGCGGAAGAGAAUGAAAUUGAUGCGCAAACACAUAAAGCUACUGAACUAGUUUGA